AUAUUUCCCGUUAUCAACUGAAAGUUUUCAGUGUAGCAGUUUUCACAUGAUUCUCAUCACUGGAAUCAGAGGCGUUCAGUAAUAGUAAUGUAAAUCUGCGUCGUAAAUCAGCUUGUUCCGUGGAGGUUAAAUGUGUAAUGUUCCUUCAGUUUACUGGACGAUUUAACAAGCCGCUUAUGAGGUGGAAUUGAAACUUCUUGACAACAUGGACAUUAGACUUCCAAAGCAAGCCGCGCAAAUCGUGACUUCAGAGAGAACCCCCCUCCCUCUGUCCUCCAUACGACUCUUGGUCCCUCCUGUACGCCUGAUGUCUGCUUUCAUGUGGAGAAUUGUGCAGCAAAUGGAUGUCAUGCAGUAUGGUGUGCUAGCAGAUUUUGUUUCAUUGGUGUCAGAGACAGUUCCAGAACUGGUUAGUCGAACACACGGAGUCGAACUCAUUCUGGGACUGCGCGCAAAGCUCAUAUUGAAGUUGUGCGAGAGUGAUGACCCUGAUGACAUGCUCGCCAUCCAGCCACACCUCAACAGCAUUCAGCUUGUGGAUCAAGCUGGGGUGGGAGAUGCAGGUGUUUGUUUUUUGGAGCUGGUCCAAAGACUUAUUAAAGAUGUUGAUGAGAGGGAGCAUUUCUUUCAGCAUGUGUUUCCAGUGGAAUUUGGCACUGACUUUGACUCAGCCAUUCAGGUUCUGAUGUGGCAUUUCCUGUCCAGGCUGGAGCAUUUCCUUCCAGUCCCUGACCUCCAUCAGACUCUAGCUUGGCUUGACCUCACGUUGCCUGUUUCUAAAGAUUGCGAGGAGUUCAUGAGUCAGUCAGAUCAUCUGAAAUCACUCCUUGACCACCACAAGAACCGCGGACAUCUAGAUACCAACACCUCACAUCAGCCCCUAAGUGCAGGAAAUUGCAUCCUGUCCACACUCUCUGGUAAACCAGUUCACAUCCAUCAGCAAAGCGUAGGUCACAUUCAGAUGUUCAACAGACAGACUUCAGACCACGUUGAGGAAAGUGCCAUGGAGACAGUAGAAGGGGUGUCUGAAUGGACAGAGACUCAAGUAGGACAUCUUCAGGAUGAAGAGCGAAUACCCCUCAUUACAGACUCUGGGCAGAAGAGGGAAGAGAAAUCUGGCUGUGAUUUGGAUGAUACAGUGCUAACACUUCAAGAAGACCACAGAUCUGAAGAUGGGGCAGAGAUGGUGGUUUCAGAGAAAUCAGACCCUAAUGCUGAGCAGUCAAAGAUCCUGUCUCCAAGUAGCACCUCUUUGGUUACACAGUCAGUGUCUGAGGAAAUUGCUGUUUCAAAAAUACCUUUAGACACACGCAGAUCUGCAAGGAAGCCUAAGACCACAUGGAAGAUUAAAAUAGUGAACCUUCAAAAGCACAAGAGAAAGUCAGCAACUCCUAAAAGAAUGUAUGCAAGAAACCUGCAGAAUCAAGCCGAGUUAGAUAAUGUUCCCUCAAACAUGGAUGACUCCAAAGGUUUUAACGAGUCUGAUUUUACUUCAGAUGAGAAGAACAGAGAUGGACCCUCUCACAGCUCCUCAUGCUUGCAGUGCCCAUUCAGUGACUCCAAGGAAGAAAACCUCAGGAGUCAUAUAAGAGAAGUCCACUCCACUGAGGUUAAAGGAAGUGAGCAUGAUGGUGAGGCUGCAGUUGAUCCUUCGUUGCCCAACAGCUGCCGCAUUUGCGGUAAAAGCUACCGGUUCCCAUACUUGCUGAAGGCCCAUCAGCGCACCCACACAGGAGAGCGUCCUUUUCUCUGUCCGGUGUCUGAGUGCAACCGCAGUUUCUCCCAUUCCAGGGCCCUGCGCCGCCAUCAACUCAUACAUGCCUCUGAAGACGUUCAAACGAAAGAUGCUCCCCAGAAAAAAAAGAAAUCAAAAAAGAAAAAGAAAAAACCUCAGACCUACAACUGUCUAUACUGUGGAGAGAACUUUAGCUCCAUCGCUGCUAGGAGAGACCAUCACAAGACCCACCCUGAAGAUAAGGUGCAUCGCUGCAACUCCUGUGGGAAGCAGCUUAGCUGUCAGGCAGCUCUUAUCAGACACAAGCGUAUCCAUGCUGAAGAUCGACCCUAUAAGUGCACAGAAUGCGACUCCACCUUCAUCUGCUCGACCACCUACAAAAGGCACAUGUUGACCCACCAGCCUGAGAGACCAUUCCUUUGUACCUGUGGGAAGGGAUUUACAUAUAGGGGUGCUCUUUUAGCUCACCAGCGCAUCCACAUCCAAUCUGAGGACAGACCGUUCCAUUGCAUGGACUGUGGAAAAGGGUUUCUUUACCGCGGGGCUUUGGCGCAACACCAGAGGACUCACUCCAAAGAGAAACCAUUCCCUUGUGGACACUGUGGGGAGAAUAGUAACACAGAGAAUUCUCUUUGUUCACACUCAGCCGCCCACACCACAGAGAAGAGUUACAAAUGCACCUUGUGUGACAAGUCAUUCGCCUUCAAGGCCAGUCUGACUCGACAUAAACUUACACACACCGGAGAGAGGCCUUUUCUCUGUUCCGACUGCGGAAAGGCUUUUUUCUCUUUCGGAGAGUUGCUCAAGCACCAGCGCUACCACACAGGGCACAAACCUUUCCAGUGCCCGGACUGCGACAAGAGUUUCACGCAAGCCUGCUACCUGCAAGUCCACAUGAGGCACCACACGGGUGUACGGCCCUACUCCUGCUCCGAGUGCAAUAAGAGCUUCUUUAGUUCUUACCGCCUCAAGAGACACCUGCGGAUUCACACAGGAGAGAAACCCUUCCAGUGCUCUGAGUGCGGAAAAAGAUUUCGACAGUCAUAUAAUCUGAAGGUGCACCUGCAUAUUCACCAAGAAAAGAAACCUGAAAGCAGGACCGUUAGUACCUUUUAGUACUAUUGCAGACUUUGUGUGCUAUUACAGGUAUUGUAAUUACUAAACUUAAGAGGUUCACAGUUUUACAAGGCUACAAAUAAUUACAUUCUUUUUUUUUUUUUUUUUGUUAUGUCUGUUAUCUCUCACACACACACACACACACACACACACAUGACCAAGUCAUUAUCAGUACUCCAGAGUGCCAGAAUAAAAGAACAUAUGAAUUAAAACUGUGUUGUCGAUUACUGGUCUAAAUGCUUGCACCCCCCCAAAGCAAGUCACAACAAAAGGUGGGGGUAUUAAAAUGUAUAUACUGUAUGUUUAACAGUAAAAAUUCUACUUAUUGCAUUAGAUACAUUUUUAACAGCCUUUUAAACAUCAUUUUAAUAAGCACAUAAACUAAAGGAGUUGUUGUCUUGGCGCCAGUGCGAACAUAAGUCACUUGACGUUUGCCUCACGGUGCGUGUCCACUGGCACAGCAAGAAUCCACUCAACACUGCUACCCACGCAUGGUGUGCCUUUGGGUUCAAAAAUAUGAUUUUGCAUCACUCACUCAUCUCACUGAACGUCAAGUGUCAUCUGUAUGGAACACCAAAGUAUGGAAGGCCGAAGGGACUAAAUUGUCUUUAGGUGUAUCAUGUAAAUAUGUUUUGUGUAAAGACUAAUUUCGUGCAAAGACAUCAUACUAGGUGUGUUCGACUUCAAGAAGCACCACACAGACUGACCAGAAUCCAACUUGAAGCAGUGCAUGUCAGUUAAAAAUUUUGUCCGACUUGUGACGACACCACCGUUGCGUCACUGCGACGUAUUCUAUCAAAGUACCACGAGAGUGAGUUAAGAGCUGCAGUUGUUCCUGAGGAGCUGCAUAAGUUCUGAUGAUGAAUGACGGUGACGCAGUUCAUGUGCUACUUUCGCAAAUGCAUAUUACACAUACUAUUACUACUGCUAUAUUAAUCUAUGACAGAAAUUUUAAGAGUGGUAUUGUAGUAUGCCAUUACCAAGGUGUUUAUUCUGACACUAAACUAUCCAAAAUCUGUGUUCUUAUAACAAUACAUCAUGUUUAUAUUAUGUUAAUUUUAUCAUAGUUAUAGCAUGUUUAUUAAUAAAAAACAUGCAAAUUGAUUAAACAUACUCCUUUACUGGUAUUCAAAUAAUAUAGGCUUUUAUAGGACUUUAUUCUUGUACACACAGCAUGCCCUGUAAGAAGCAGCACAUAACCCUUUCAAAUGAACUGAAUGUUUCUGAUUAUUUUAUCUAAAAUUCAAGCAUCUGUCUAUCUGAAU